ACAACAAACCAGAACUACUCUAGCCUGCGAUAUCUAGCUAGUCUUUUAGUCUUAACAUCACUAUCUCCAAAAGCAGCUCUAAUUUGCAGCAAAUCUAUUGAAAUACCGACUUAGAUUAUUGAAAUGGGUACUACAGCAGAAUAUGAGUGCCCGCAUCGAGUGCCGGUUCCUCCUUCCAAACCAUUUCUCAAGUGUUUACAAACUAGUCUCAAGGAGACUUUCUUCCCUGAUGACCCUUUUAGGCAGUUCAAGAAUCAGCCUGCCUCCAGGAAGUUUUUGUUGGGAUUACAGUACUUUGUACCAAUCCUGGAAUGGGCUCCUCGUUACACUUUCGACUUCUUCAAGGCUGAUUUGAUUGCUGGCAUCACCAUUGCCAGUCUUGCAGUUCCUCAGGGGAUAAGCUAUGCAAAUUUGGCCAGCAUACCACCAAUUAUUGGACUCUAUUCAAGCUUUGUUCCGCCGUUGGUAUAUGCCAUGUUGGGGAGUUCUAAAGAUUUGGCUGUGGGGACUGUAGCUGUGGCAUCACUCCUAAUAUCUUCUAUGCUGGGCAAGGAGGUUAGCCCUACUGAGAACCCCAAACAAUAUGUUCAGUUAGUCUUCACGGCUACUCUCUUUGCUGGGCUGUUCCAAGCUUCCCUUGGCAUCUUAAGACUUGGAUUUAUCGUGGAUUUUCUGUCACAUGCAACCAUAGUGGGAUUCAUGGGUGGCGCUGCCACGAUUGUCUGUUUACAGCAAUUGAAAGGGAUGCUUGGUUUACUCCAUUUCACACAUGAGACUGAUCUUGUAUCCGUUAUGCGCUCAGUUUUCGGCCAAUUUCACCAGUGGAGAUGGGAGAGUGCUGUUUUGGGCUGUUGUUUCCUUUUCUUCCUCCUCCUGACAAGAUACUUUAGCAAGAGAAAGGCAGCCUUUUUUUGGAUAAACGCCAUGGCACCGCUCACAUCAGUUAUUUUGGGAAGCCUUCUCGUCUAUGUGACUCAUGCAGAGAAACAUGGCGUUCAAGUGAUUGGGCACUUGAAGAAAGGGUUGAAUCCGCCGUCUGUGUCAGAUCUGGCGUUUGGGUCUCCCCAUUUGGCGGCGGCGAUAAAAACAGGAAUCAUCAUCGGCGUCAUUGGCCUUGCUGAAGGAAUUGCAGUCGGAAGAACCUUUGCCAUGUUCAAGAACUAUCACAUUGAUGGGAACAAGGAGAUGAUAGCCUUUGGGAUGAUGAACAUUGCUGGCUCUUGCACUUCUUGCUACCUGACUGCAGGACCAUUUUCUAGAACUGCAGUAAACUCCAAUGCCGGAAGCAAAACUGCUGUCUCUAACAUUGUCAUGGCAACAGCAGUGAUGCUCACAUUGUUAUUUCUAACACCAUUGUUUCAUUACACUCCUCUUGUGGUGCUUUCCGCUAUAAUUAUAGCUGCCAUGCUUGGCCUGCUUGACUAUGAAGCUGCUAUACACCUUUGGAAAGUUGACAAAUUCGACUUCUUCAUCUGCUUGGGUGCGUAUCUUGGCGUUGUCCUUGGCAGUGUUGAGAUUGGUCUAAUCAUUGCGAUCAUGGUUUCCUUGCUAAGGAUUCUUCUGUUUGUGGCGAGGCCUAGAACAAUUGUUCUAGGCAAUAUUCCAAACUCUGGUAUCUAUAGAAGUAUGGAUCAAUACCCGAUUGCAAACAAAGUUCCAGGGAUUCUCAUACUUCAGAUAGAUGCGCCUGUUUAUUUUGCCAAUGCAAGCUAUCUAAGGGAAAGGAUCUCAAGAUGGAUUUAUGAGGAGGAAGACAGGCUAAAAUCUGCAGGAGAAACAAGUUUACACUAUGUCAUAUUAGAUUUGAGUGCCGUAGGUAGCAUUGAUACUAGUGGGAUUAGCAUGCUGGAAGAAGUCAAGAAGAAUGUAGAUAGAAAAGGUCUAAAGCUUGUAUUAGCUAAUCCAAAGAGUGAGGUCAUGAAGAAGCUAGACAAGUCCAAACUCAUCGACACAAUUGGUCAAGAAUGGAUCUACCUGACAGUAGGAGAGGCUGUAGCAGCAUGUAAUUUCAUGUUACAUACAUGGAAGUCAAACCCUGUUGCAGUCGACUAUCAUGCACAAGAUAACAAUGUCUAAUUUACAAUCAAUUAGACGAAUGAAUCUACUGAUGCUAAGUACUAGAGCUUCGCGCCUACCAUCUGAGGAAGCUUGCAUGUUAACCUGUUUUGGUUAAUGCAGAAGAGGAAAAGAGAAGAAUUUUUUGAGGAAGUGCUUAUGAGUAUAAGCUUUGUAAUAUUAUGUAUGAAAUAUGACAUGUAAUUCUCACCAAAGCUAAGAUCCUGGUGGGAUCCUUCUAUGCUUAACUAAUGUUUACCAUCCUUAACUAAUGUUUAUGAGUGGAAUCAAAAUAAUAACAUUUAAAUACAAGUAUGAUUGUUCCAUUCUGAUGUA